UGUUCUCAGCCUGACGAGGAAGAAGAAGACGGAAGCGGUAGAUACAAACAGUGCAAUGUUUCGACUCUUCGGGAAAAAUAAAGCCGUGAAAAUAAGAAGUUGCGAUGAUAACAGAAAAUACGGUGUCGCAGCACAAAGCUUGAGAGAGUUGCUUAAAAAAGGCUGCAAGUUAUUACAGGUGUCACUUUCCGGUGCACAUGUUUGCUUGUAUGUUGAUGGGACAAAAGUGACAGAGGACUUCUUCUGGACUCUUCCAGACAACAUUGAACUUGUUCUUCUCUCUGAAGAUCAGACAUGGAGUGGAGUUGUGUGUGACAUUGGUCAGUUACUCAACACAGACCGGCAUGCUGACGGCCUCAUUGAAGCUGCGAAAGGACUCCUGUCUGAUGAGGAGUCUCCAAAAAGGCGCAAAAUCCUGACUGACCUGCUGCAGAACCUUGAGGACAGAUCUGAGCUGGAGGGCAGGGAGGAAGAUGAAGACUGGUUCAAAGGUGUUGAUUCCAGAUUCAAGACCAAGUCUGCCUACAUGAAGUUCAACUGUGAAAGCAGAAUACGAGGCUACUUGAAAGAAGUGGAUGAUGCCACAAAAACCAUCCAGAAGGCAAAAGUCAGAGCUGAGUUUGAGAAAGCAUCCAACUGCCUGGUGGAAAUGUUGAAGACCGCAAAAUACAACGGCUGCUACUUUGACAGGACUGAAAAGGAGCCACAUCGCCUCUGCACUCGGGAGGGAUGGUUCACCUGCCAGGGAUCGUUUGACCAGGACGUGUGCCCGUCUCUCCACUCGAUCAACCCUUACGGGAGCCGGGAGAGCAGGAUCAUCUUUAGCACCUGGAAUCUGGACCACAGGAUCGAGAAGAAGAGGUCGGUCAUUCCCGCUCUGCUGGAGGUUCUACACAAUCACAAGAGCACAGAUGUCAACCUGAACUACUUCUACGGCUUGCUGUUCACCAGGGAGAACCUCAAACUGGUUCACAUCGUGUGCCACAAGAAAGGAGCGCACAACCUGCUGUGCGACACCACAAAGAUUUUAAAACCAGCCAGUAAAACAGAGCAGGCAAAACAGAAAGCCAAAGGGAAGAAGAGGCGCCUGGUGUGAAUGUGUUUGUGAAAAGUAAGCGUUUAAACUGUGACAACAUUACCACUACUUUUUACCUCACUUGAUUAUUUUUAUCUCAUUAUAUAUUUUGCUUGUGGUCAGUGUAUCCAUUUUUUAAAAAAAUUUAAAGAUUCAUUUUGGGGCUUUUUGAGCCUUUAUUGCAGAGACACGACAGUGGAUAGAGUCAGAUAUUAGGGACAGAGAGAGUGGAGAAUAACAUGCGGGAAAUGAGCCACAGGUCGGAUUUGAACCCGACUGCCCGCUUUGAGGACUACAGCCUCUGUACAUGGGACACACGCCCUAACCACUCGACCAACAGUGCCCCAAGGUCAGUGUAUCUUAAAAAAACAGACCGACAGUGAUUUGUUUGACACAAAGUAAUUAAGAGUGAAACAAAGGAUGAAAUCAUGAGAAAAAACAUUUAUUUGUUCUUGUAUUGGCACAAUGAUGUAAACUGCAUGAACUGAUUAUACAAUGCUUGAAGAGUGAGGCACAAAGUUGCAUAGACGAAUAUGAAAAGCUUUUUUUUUUUGGCAUAAAUAAGGCGGUAAAAAUAUAUAAAACAUUUGAUAAAACACCUUGA